AAUCCGACAAGACGAAGAAGAAGGAGGAGGGGAAGAAGAAGACGAAGAAGAAAAAACUGUAAUAUCAACAAAUUGAAACGUCAGUUGUUUUGCUAUUCACUCACAAUGUGACAGCAAGUCACGCUAUUAGAUAAAGUUCGUCUUCUUAUGAGGUGAUGGAGGACAGUCAGCAUGGGGACUUGGACUAUCUAGUCCAAGAUGAGGACACCCUCAUUGAAGGAGUCAGCAACCAGGUUUUAUUUGUUGUGGUGCUCAGCAUCACCUUCCUUGGAGGCCUCCUCACUUUGCUCUGCAGAGAAGAGCAACUGAACAUCCAUCCUGAGAAUCAAGAGCACGUCCGAGCUGUCCGACAGCAACUCCAGACCGAGCAGGGUGAAAAUGCGCAGACAGAGGCCAGACAGCAGUAUUACACAGACAUGUCUUGUCCAGUGUGUUUACAGCAGGCUGUUCUGCCUGUGGAAACCAACUGUGGACACCUUUUUUGUGGUUCCUGCAUUAUAGCUUACUGGAGGUAUGGCACUUGGCUGGGUGCUAUUCAAUGCCCCAUCUGCAGACAAGUGGUAACAUUGCUCUUCCCAUUAUUCCACGAGCAUGCUUCUCCUCAGAGUGUCCAGGAUGGGGAGGCGCAACCUCAGCUUAUAUUACAAGACAUCCACGAUUACAACCGCAGAUUCUCAGGCCAGCCGAGAUCUCUUAUGGACAGGCUGCGAGAUGUCCCCACCCUGCUUCGUCAUGCCUUCAGAGAGAUGUUUUCUGUGGGUGGCCUCUUCUGGAUGUUCAGGAUUCGAAUUCUUCUCUGCUUUGUCGGAGCAAUCACGUACCUGGCCUCACCGCUCGACAUCCUCCCCGAGGCGCUUUUCGGUCUCCUGGGAUUCAUGGAUGAUUUCUUUGUGAUCCUCCUUCUCUUCGUGUACAUCUCUAUCAUGUACAGAGAGGUGGUGACGCAGAGACUGAAUGGCUAGGCCGUGACUUAAAAUUACAAUAGAUAAAUAAAACAGGCUUGAACGGGCUUGUGUCAGGCUCAGGAAGAGGAGAACCACGGCAGUGGAGGUGGACAUUCAAAGACUGAUCAAAUGUUCAAAGGACCCUUCACGAUAAAUGCUGCUCCUGUAUGAAGGGUUUACUCUUGAAUACUUCGUCCUUGUAAAUGAGCUGAAAAAAGGUUUGAGAUCUGUAUGUCUAAUCUGUAUGUAGAAGUCACCGUGACUGGUGUAAAGGUUUACCGAGUCAAAGGCAACACCGGAACAACGGAAGAAUGUGACACUGAACCACUGCUGUAACCUGCAAGAGACGGCUGUAACCAAAUAACUUGUGUGACAGCCGCCCAAUUGUUUGACAUCAAUGUCAAAAUCGUGUCACGUCUUUUAUGUGCAUACAAUUGUAUCUGAGAAAAAAUUGUAAUAUAAUGUGAUAUUGAAUGUAUUGUUUGACUUAUAUUCAUUUAAAUUUGGCUGCCUGCUGCAUCCCAGGCUGUCACCUUCCAUACAAUGGAGUGAUACAAGAACAUCAUAAUGUCUAACUACAUUAAAGAAUAGGCAUACUCUUUUAUGACGUCAAAAAAAAUACAGCUUUUCUUGUUUAAAAAGUCCUUUGAAUGGAAACAGCUGAUAGCACUGAAUAAAAUCGGCCUGCUUUCAUGUGAAAUAACAAACCACAGAAGAACCUGGCUGAAGCGUUCAGAUUCCUCAUACUUGUAUUGAAUUAUUAACACAAAUUGUUUUUGAAGUGGACUUUUUUUUAUGGCCACGUUUAUCAAAAUCAUAUUUACUGAUUAAGAUUGUGAACACAUGCCAUGAAUUUGACUCAUUCAGUGAACCUUUCAGUGGUGAGCUUCCAUUUUGAAACAGGUUAAACAAAAACUGUAUAUAAAAGUAUAUUUAAUUUAAAGACUUGAUCAACUGGACCAAACAUUGAUGUAAACUGAGAGAUUCCUGUUGAACUUGUCUUGCACCUGAAGUCGUUUUACUUUUUUUCCCACUUGGUCAAAUGAAGAGUAAAUUAAAACAACUAUGUUGCUGCUGUGUUUGUUUAAUUCACAUUCUGCUACAGAUGUGGAUUAAAUUUGACCCAUUUCUGAAAAUGAA